AUGGCAGAGCAAGUUCAAAAAGAUAGUGCAGAAAGUUUGGUGCCAUCAUAUUUUGACAACGGCAAUGCAUCAUCGAAUAGUGAUGACUCGCUCAUCCACCCUGUUGGACUUACUUCAUCAAGAAGACGAAGAAUAUUGUCAUCCGAAAGUGAAUUUGGAGAAAAUUCGGGUACAGCAAUAGAAGGUUGGGAUGAAGUGUUCCAGGAUACUGAUAAUCCACCAGAAGCCCACUACAAAUUUAAUGAAAUACCAGGUCCAAACCACACACUUCCUCAUGCUGCAGCGCCCAUUGCCUAUUUUUAUUUAUUUUUUACCAAUAUUCUGCUGGAGACAAUAGUAAAUGAAACGAACGCCUAUGCAGAUAAUUUUUUUUUACGGAGAAAUCUGCACCCGAAUUCCCGUGCACGAAAGUGGAAGAAUAUUACGAUAUCUGAACUCAAAGGAUUCAUCGCCUGCGUAAUAAAUAUGGGUCUACAAAAACGGCCAACCAUUUCGUCGUAUUGGUCUACUAAUAACUCGCAGUAUGAUCCGUGGUUCCACCGAAUGUUUUUAAAAAACCGCUACCAGUUGAUUCUGAAAUUUCUUCAUCUGGCCGAUACAAAGGAUCUUCCUCGACCCGGACAACCUGGAUACGACCCAUGUGCUAAAAUCCAGCCCCUCAUUGACCAUGCCAACACAGUAUUCAGACAGAUCUAUACUCCCCACGAGCAGAUGAGCAUUGACGAGAGCUUAGUGGGAACCAAAAACCACACACAACUGUUGCAGUACCUUCCUAAUAAACACCAUCAUCGGUGGGGAAUAAAACUGUGGAUGUUAUGCGACUCUGUUUCAAACUAUUGUUUGGCUUUUUACAUAUACCGAGGAGCACAAAGUGCUGCAGACAGAUUCGAAAUCCAAGAAAAUGGCUUGACGCAUACAGUUGUCAUGAAAUUAUUGACAAUGGGAAAUUAUUUCUCAAAAGGUUACCACAUUUUUGUCGACAACUUCUUCACAUCAGUACCUCUGGCGAAGGCUUU